AUGCCUUCUACUACAUCCCCCGCUGCGCCCCGCGUCUCUUCCAUGCUCCGUAUGCUUCGCCUCUCCAACCGUGGUCCUUCCGCGAGUUCCAGACAGCCUUCCACGUCUCCGAUCCCUCUUCGUAGCCCUUUCGCGGCCAUGAAGGAUCGCGUCAAGUCCAUGAGCAGCCGCUGUCUCGCGAAACUUCGUCCUUCCAAGAAGACGUUGAGACAAGCUGACGCUCCUAGAUCCCUCCAGCCUGCAUCGCUCAACGUUUCCGGAAUGUUGAUGGUAGCGUUCGUCGCCAACGAGGACCCCAUUUCCUCCAGUCCCGCCAGGAUCCGCACGCACAUCAGCUCCAUUCAAGAGAUCGUGCCAAGAGUCAUAGACGUCAGCGUCCCCGAGGUCAACACCCACCCCACCAACGUCUAUUCCAUAGUGCAGGAGACGGGGCCGGACGAUGCCAAGAACACGACUAUCACUUUCGACGACUUCGUUCCCCUCUUGCAACGCUUCGACGAAGAGAUGCAGCAUGUCAACGCUCUCAUCUCCACCGCCGAGGAGACGCUCCACCUCGAGGACAACGCCUGUGCAGCUGUCUUGACUCCCCUCGCCGCAUACGAGAGCGAUUGUGAAAGCAACUUCAUCGGAAGCGAGCGGUUGUCAUCCCCAUCUCUGCCGGACGAAUCAAUCUACGCAGAUGACGGCAUGAUCGACAUAGUCAUGGCCGCAGCAUUCAAGGAGUUAGAAGAAGAGGCAGAGGCCACGGUGGAGGAUUCGAGCAAGGCUUGCUCGCAGGAGGAGGCGGUCAGCAUGUGGAUAGAGGAUGACAUGAAGGAGGUCGACAUGGUCGACGUAUCCCUGGACCCAACUCCGGAAGUUGCCCCAGAUAUCGAGCUGGUCGAGAUAGCACCUAUAUCGGUGUGGUCCCCAUGCCCGUCUCCAAACGCUCAGAAGGCAGAGGAGGUCAAUCUGGCGGACUUCUGGAUCGAUAUGGACCUGGCGAUCGCAGAGGUUGAGGCAAUGGGGCUCGGUGGAGAGAGUUCGGCGGCUGCGUGUGGUUGCGGAGUUGCAGUCGUAGUCCGGAGGUCUGGCAGAGGUGUCUCAGACAGCGGUUUCAAUGUGGUCUGGCAGGCGGAACCCGAUUCGCGACCGGGUUUUGCUCGCUGGACUGCGGCGAUUCUUCUGUUUCGGAACGACACAAAAGGUUUGAGGUUCCAUUUCUUGAUCGUCUUUUUCUAUCUGUUAUCUAUGAGCGGAGGGCCACGAUUGUCGAUGCUUGAUGCAGUGUCCUCCUGGCCAGGGGAUGUUGCGGAUGGUAGAGGCAGGAGUGGUUGGCAUGGGGGCGGGCUUUUUUUCCUUUCUUUAUUCCAGCAUAUAGAACACGUCCCCGCUGGAACAGCAUGUCAUGAAACGCAACAUCAAGCGUUCACGAUGACCAUCGCAUCCUGUACACGAAAACUGCUGCAAGUCGAAGGGUUGAGAAGUUUAGAAGUGUUGAUGUUCGACAUGAAAGCUUGCCGACUAGAGAGUAAAGCGGUCUGUUGUAAGGCGUUUUUGCUGAAUAAGAUAAGUGUCAUCGUUCGAAUGUGCGUGAAGGUGAACACACUCUGCAAGAUCAUCAAGUCCCGCCUCAAUCACGAGAAGUAUGACGGUCGUCCUGGCACCUGGUCGGUGAAGAAGAUAAGUGUGUGCAUGAAGACUCCACUUAGCAAGAUCGUCACGAGAAGGAUCAUGGCGCACAAGCAACUUCCGGCCAAGUUAUUGUCCUACCGCCUGGUCCGCGAAGAAGAUGAGUGUGUGCAUGAAGACUCUACUUCGCAAGAUCGUUGUAGGGAGGAGUAUGGCGAAGAAGAUAAAUGUGUGCACGAAGGAUUCACCUCUCAAGGUUGUCACGAGAAGGGUCAUGACGACUGUCCCGGCCCCUUCCAGUCUUCCACUGUGACAGAUUCACUUCGCGAGAUCGUCAUGGGAAGUAUGGCGGUGAAGAAUAUUUCACUGACAGAUAAGUGCAUGAAGGUAGACUCUACUUCGCAAGAUCGUCACGAGAAGGAGUAUGACGGUCGUCCUGCCGCCUGGUUGGUGAAGAAGAUAAAUAAGUGCAUGAAGACUCCACUUCGCAAGAUCAUCACAAGAAGCAGUAUGACGGCAACUUCCGGCCGGGCUGUCUGUGCUUUUCAUCGCUUUCUGUCCUUCUGGCGCCUGGUGUGUGAAGAAGAUAAGUACCGUUAUAUUCGUUGUGAGAACGGUAAACUGACUGUAUUUUGUCGCGGCAGAUACCAAGUCAGCAACUUCGUAUUUUCGCAAGAUCCUCAAGUCCCACGCUACUAUGAGAAUGUGUAA